AUGGACGUUGAAGCGAAGAAGCGACGUUUCGUCAGCCGGAAGUGGAGGAACAUAUGCAUAUGCCUUGGAUUCGCUCUAAUUUUGCUGACAGUUUUAAUGGUGAUCUUAGCAUUCACUGUAUUUAAAUCCAAAGACCCCGUAAUCACCGUCGAUUCCGUCGCUCUUAAUAAUCUCAACGUGCGGCUUGAUGUGACCAGAGUGGCAGUGAAUCUCAACUUGACCGUCUUCGUCAAUCUUACUGUCGAAAACCCGAACAAAGUCGGCAUGAAGUACAAGGACAGCGUGGCGGUGUUGACUUGCAGAGGAGAGCAAGUGGGUGAAAUUCCGAUUCCCGCUGGCGAAGUAUCGGCCGAUGAAACAGUUCGUAUGCUUUUAUAUCUCACCGUGAUGGCCGACCGGUUAGUGUCCAAUCCUCGAAUCUUUUCCGACGUCGUAUCGGGUUCGUUGCCUCUUAGCACUUACACCAAAAUUUCUGGAAAAGUCCCAAUCUUUAAUGCUUUCAAUGUUCAUGUGAUCUCUGUUUCCAACUGUAGCUUCACUGUCUAUAUAUCUAACCGUACAACCAGCGAAGAACUCUGUACCUAUAAGAAUAGCUUAUAA